GUCUGGCUAAACAUUAACAUGAAGUUCCUGAAUGACGGCUACCACCGACAUCAAAAGUCGUUUACUAUGCAUUUUUGCAGGAAUUACUGAGGUUCUCCAAAACCGGUUUGCGCAGUCCUUCGUACUUCGUAACAAAAAUCGCAUUGUACGCUUCUUGUGCUACUGGCUAUUCAUGCAUCUUUAGCUACCGCAAACCACCACAUUUUUUUCCGUGGUAGGUCUGUCAACUCGUUGACAUUUGUAAAUCAACAUGGGAAUUCCCGCCCUAUUUCGGCUUUUGUCGCGAAAAUACACAAAAGUCAUCACACCCGUAAUUGAAGUUCCUUCAAAAGUUUUGCCAGAUGGCACAGAAUUUGGUCCAGACCUUGCUGAGCCUAAUCCCAACGGCGAAUGUGACAAUCUAUACCUGGAUAUGAAUGGUAUCGUUCAUCCUUGUUCACAUCCUGAGGACCGGCCGCCCCCAGAGACGGAGGACGAGAUGAUGCUGGCCGUGUUUGAAUACACAGAUCGCAUUCUUGCGAUGGUUCGACCUAGAAAUUUGUUGAUGAUUGCCAUUGACGGUGUUGCUCCUCGUGCAAAAAUGAACCAGCAACGGUCAAGAAGAUUCCGUUCUGCUCGUGAAGCAGCCCAAAAGGCUGCUGCUUUAGAAGAGUGUGUCCGUGAGGCCAAGGAAAAAGGAAUUCCCGUAGAUGAGAAUGCUGCCAAGAAAAAAGCCUGGGACAGCAAUUGUAUCACACCCGGUACUCCCUUCAUGGACAUUCUUGCUAAGGCUUUGCGCUAUUACAUUACACAUAAGCUUAAUACCGAACCUGCUUUCAAAAACCUCCGCUUUCUAUUGUCUGAUGCUUCUGUACCCGGUGAAGGUGAGCAUAAAAUCAUGGAGUUUAUCCGUUCCCAGCGUGUGAAUCCAGAAUACGACCCAAAUACUCGACACGUAAUCUACGGUUUGGAUGCUGAUUUGAUUAUGCUUGGUCUUGCCACGCAUGAACCUCAUUUCCGAGUACUCCGUGAAGAUGUGUUCUUUCAACAAGGUAGUACACGUAGAUCCAAAAAGGAGCAACUAGGACUAGUUCCGAAAAUCGAAGCUACUGAAGCUCCAAAAGCACCGGUGAAAAAGCCUUUUAUCUGGCUGAAUGUUGAUAUAUUGCGAGAGUACUUAGAGAUUGAGUUGCAAGUUCCUAAUUUGCCAUUUCCUUUUGACCUUGAACGUGCUAUUGACGAUUGGGUUUUCUUUAUUUUCUUCGUUGGUAAUGAUUUUUUACCGCAUUUGCCCAGUCUUGAUAUUCGGGAUGGCGCUCUUGAGAGAUUGACAGAAGCUUGGCGUCUCUGUUUACCGCAUAUGGGAGGGUAUUUGACUUUAGAUGGCUCUGUCAACCUGUCCCGCGCGGAGGUUAUCUUGUCAGUUAUUGGUGACCAGGAAGAUGAAAUCUUCCGUCGGUUGAAGCAGAAUGAGGAUCGUAGAAACGAAAAUCAAAAGCGUCGUCGUCAGGCAGAAAACAAUGCUAAUAACGCUGAACUGAAUGCACCUAUUCCUGUUCAUGCCUCGCCCGAAUCGACUCAACAAGUGGCCUCUGCCCCCCCUACAAAGGUUCAUAAAACGUCUAAAGUUGUUCCCCCACCACCAGAAAAUCUUGUUAAUUUGUCUGACAAAAGUUCAAAUAAGUUUAUUGGUGUUACAAACAAGGACUUGAUUAAUAACCGUGCUGCCAAUCGUCUUGGCAUCACUCCCCAGGCAGCAGCAGCAUCUUCCGUGAACAAACUUGUGGCUGCCAACUUAAAAGCUCAACUUGCAGCAUCCCAGCAGCCUGCCGCUGCUCCUAUAGAGAAGCCUUCACGUUCUGAGGAACCCGACUUGACCGAAACAAUUCCUCCAACACCCUUGGAUGAGGAUGAAGGUGAAAGUACCACUCCGGCUGGGGAAGAAACGAGUGAUGUAGCAACAGCUGGUACGAAACGUAAAAAGCCCGAAACUCCCGAGCUUAUUGAGGGAGACACUGUACGCUUAUGGGAACCUGGCUAUCGUGAGCGAUAUUACACACAGAAAUUUCACUUUGAGGAAAACAACGAGGAGCAAAUACGCGAAGCUGUCUAUCACUACGUAAAAGGUUUGUGUUGGGUUUUGCUUUAUUAUUAUCAGGGUUGUCCUUCUUGGACAUGGUAUUACCCCUUCCAUUAUGCUCCUUUUGCUGCAGACUUUAAAAAUUUGUCUUCCUUAAAGAUUUCUUUUGACCUCAACCAACCGUUUAAACCUUACGAACAAUUGCUUGGUGUGUUGCCUGCUGCAAGUAAGGAAAAUCUUCCUGAAAAGUUGCAAAAACUUAUGACCGACCCUGAUUCAGAAAUCAUCGAUUUCUACCCAGAAAAUUUUGUCAUUGAUCUUAAUGGAAAGAAGUUUGAAUGGCAGGGUGUGGCAUUGUUGCCAUUUAUUGAUGAGAAGAGAUUGCUGGAUGCUGUUGCUAAAGUAUACCCAGAGUUGACAGAAGAGGAAUCCCGCCGGAACACUCAGGGACCCCCCCUGUUAUUCUUCUCUGAGAAACAUCCAAUGUAUAACGAAGUCGUUAAACAUUUGUACUCCAAAAAGCGCCAGGGAAAACCUGUGAAGCUUUCUGGCAAGCGCGCUCAUGGAAUUUUUGGUAAGGUUUCGAGUAACCCAGCAGUGGUUCCCAACGUUUCGGUUCCUUGCCCUUUGGAACUUAAGGAUGAAAGUGCUCGGAACAAGUAUGGAGAGGUGCAAAAUGACACGAGCAUGUGCGUGCUGUAUCAACUUCCUAGAUCGCACUAUGUGCACAAGUCUAUGCUUCUCCGUGGAGUUAACAUGCCUCCUCGUGUACUGACAAUGGACGAUGUCAACACUCUUCGCGCUAUGCGUGAUAAUCCACGAAACAUGUAUCAACGCGGCCGUCGUAAUGGAGGCGGUUAUGGAAAUGGAGGUGGUCAUUCGCGUUAUGGUCAAUCGAAUUCCGCACCUCCUUACCCACCUAGUCGGAAUGGCUACGGUUACGGACAAAACAAUGCAGGUUAUGGAUAUGGGAACCAAGGUUACUCCCAAGCUCCUUGGACAAACGGAGGCGGUUACGGUAAUGCCGGUGGAGCAGGAUAUUCCUCUGGCUACGGUAAUGGUUAUGGUGGUUACAGACGUUAAAACAUUACCGAUUGAUUCAUAGAGUAUGAUUUCAUGCAGAAGAUAUUUUAGUGAAAUUUAAUACAACAUUAUGAGCAGAGUACACACCAAUUAGUCGCAACUCAUUAUCUUUGUGUAGCUAUCCAAAAGUGGCAGUUUAAGUAUAACGUUUUUUU